UCGGAAGUCAGAGAAACACAAUUGAGCGACGAGUUUCUCUCCGCCUGAGCAGAGAAGAGCAGAAGAGUUGGAGCUCUCUUUCGCCGGCGAAUCUGUCGAUUUCCGGUAUCGGUGUGCGGAAGCAGUUCGGACUUCGGAGCUAAAACGUCGACUGCUCUUGCGGCUUGAGCUAUAAGGUUGCGCCUUAUUCAGCUUAGAGGUAUAUAAAUUGGAGUCAGACGUUAUGGCUGUUGGACAUGGUGACUCGAGUUCGUCGGACAAGAAACCGACUGAUGCCUUGAAUGACUUGCAAACUUUCAAUGCCGAGAACUUGCAGAGUAACAUGAAAGUUAUUUAUUACAGUCGGACGUUUCUGUCAAUCAUUGGUGGCGUAAUUGCUGGAAUUCUUGGAUUCAAUGGCGUGAUAGGAAUUGUUUUCUACUUCCUUGUCAUGGCUGUAACUUCGGCUGCACUCGCAGCCAAGGCAAAGUUCUCUGUUCACUCCUACUUUGACUCUUGGAACCGAAUCCUGCUUGAUGGCUUCUUUGGUGGGCUUAUGUCUUUCGUGCUCUUCUGGACAUUCGCAUACGACAUUGUGCACAUAUUCUGAUCGCGGAGUACAUUUCAUCCCAUCUUAAGCGCGGAAGGGUGGAUGGAUAUUCAGUAGCAGGCGGAGUUCUCUGAUGGUUACAAGGACCCUGUACCAGAGUGCAAAAUACCACUGUGGGAAUCACUUGGUUUUGCUCGUCUUAUUUUGGUCGCUUUUGUUUGAUAAAACUGGGGGAAUCAAAGUUGUUGCAUUCUGGCUGAUGAAAUGUUUUCCAUGAUGCUUGAGGGUUCCUCUUCUUUCCCUUUUCUUAUUCCGAAGUAUCUCGAGGUGGCAGAUUGGGCGAGGGAAAUGGUUUGUUAAGAAGUAUUUGCGAAUUUAUCAUUUGGGUAUGUUAGUUUCUUUCCGAG